UUCUCUUUCGAUUUAGGAGUGAAAAUGGAGAAACGCUGCAUGGACUCACAAGUCAAAGGAGUCAGCACAGGGACCACCAUCCUGGCUGCCACUUUUGAUGGAGGGGUCGUGAUUGGUUCAGAUUCAAGGGCUUCCAUUGGAGGGGAAUAUGUAUCAUCGAAGACAAUCAACAAGGUGGUUCAGGUUCAUGACCAGAUCUUCUGCUGCAUGGCUGGCUCUCUCGCAGAUGCUCAGGCCGUCACCAAGGCUGCAAAGUUCCACCUGUCCCUCCACAGUGUCCAGAUGGAGAUCCCUCCUCUGGUAAUAGCAGCAGCAUCAGUGCUGAAAGAACUGUGUUACAAAAACAAAGACGAGCUGCAGGCCGGUUUCAUCACAGCAGGCUGGGACAAGAAGAAAGGACCACAGGUGUACGUCGUGUCUCUAGGUGGGAUGUUAAUCCGUCAGCCGGUUACCAUCGGUGGCUCAGGCAGCACUUACAUCUACGGCUACGUUGACGCCAAAUACAAACCCAACAUGAGCAGAGAGGAAUGCCUACAGUUUGCCACUAAUGCUCUUGCUCUGGCAAUGGGCAGAGACAACGUCAGCGGAGGCGUGGCUCACCUGGUGGUGAUCACGGAAACUGGGGUGGAGCAUGUGGUUGUCCCUGGUGACAAGCUGCCCAAGUUCCAUAAUGAGUAACCACAUUUGAACAACCAAUGAAAUCUAGAUUUAUUUUUUUGCAUUGAAUUGUGGAGUAAAUCUUUGAAAUCCUUGAGCCACAAUUUCAUCAGUAAUUUGCUGUAUAGGACUGGGAUGUAACAAAUCACACACACACACACACACACACACACACACACACACACACACACACACACACACACACACACACACACACACACACACACACACACACAUGUAGAAGAAGUAGUCGGACACAUGAAUAAUAACUCUCAACACUAAUAUGAAGAAUAUAUCAAUCAAUCAAAGUAUAAAAAAUACCAUAACCAAUGACAAUUAAGUGAAAUAUUUUCAUUUUGAAAACUUUAUUCUUCAAAAAGGAGCAUGAGCCGGGAAUCCCAGUUUCUUUCAUUUGGAUGUGAAUUUAUAAUUAUACUUGCUAAUCUCUGUGAAAAAGAAGCUGAGAAGGCAAUAACUACAAAGCAACAGACAUAUUUUCUUCUUUCAUUUAUCAUCAUAAAAACAUUGAAUGAUUGGAGAAAACACUGACACCAAUUUCUAAUAGGACACAGGUCCCCUUGCCCAAAAGAAAGUCUGUCUUUCAGACACUUGUAGGUGGAAGCAUCAAAGAAUUCCUUUUAUUUUUGAGAGUGGCAAAGCGAUCUAUCACGCUGUUGUGAUUCAGAUAGAAAGUCACUUUUGUUUUGUAAUUUUCAUUUGGGUGGGCUUUAAAACAUUUGACCAAAAUUGGCCUAGCUACGCCACUGUCUCUGCCCUUGUCGUUUUGUGUAGGUUUUUUUGGUAAUGUGUGGACAUAUGUGAAAUGAGAAUAAAUAAAAUAAAAGAUUUCCAAAACUU